UUUCAGCCCCGCCGACAGUAUGUAUAGCGUAUAGGAAUAGUAUCCUACUGAUGGGACUAGAGAGUUGGACCCCCGAUAUUAUAAAACAAAAAAUAAAAGCCGACUACAUUAGUGUGAUUUUCAAUUGUUAUACUUAUUGCAACUUAUUGUUAAAUUAAUCAAGUGACAAGUAAUAAUUGUACAUAUUGCACAGUGCGCGGAUUAUCGCAUCUUACGUAAUUCUAUUAAAUAUAAAUAAUAGCGUAUCCAUACGUCAUAAGGUUAAGAUUCCGGCAUUCUUAUUCCGAUUUUCAUUGAAAUUGUAAUGAGAUUGUGAAGAACAUCAAUCAAUGGUUUUUCAAUGCUUGAAACGUCCGUUGAGCAUAACGACAAUGGACACCGCUGACUGCACUCCGAGCAAAGUUGCUAUAGUCGAAAGAAAUGUCGUACCUCAAGGACUUCAGCUUGUUAAUCCAAAAGCUGUGGCCAGAAAAGCUCCAAUUGACUUAGUAGACCUUGCCAAGGAAAUUCAAAAAGCUGACAGUUUUGUGAAGGCAAAUGCUUGUAGUAAAUUACAAAUGAUCGCAGAGCAAAUGCGAUUUUUACAACAACAAGCUGAGCGAGUAUUACUGGAGGCCAAGGAAAACACAUCGUUGCAUCAUGCAGCGUGCAACUUUGUCAAACAUCCAGGAAAAAUUUACCAUCUUUAUCAACGAGAGUCUGGACAAAUGUACUUUUCUAUGCUCAGUCCAGAGGAAUGGGGUGAAUCAGCACCACAGCAGAUGUAUAAAGGUUCUUUUAGACUAGAACAUGAUCACUCAUGGACUCCCCUAUCCAAAGUUAAUAUUAGGGAUGAAGAGCUUGCCAUAUUAAACAAACUUUAUCAAAGUGCUGAAAAUUCAACAAAUGCUUCGCUAAACGAGUACAUGAGUAUAGAUUAUAGUUGACCAAAUUCUUUGUGUUAAACUACUUUUUUCUCAAAGUGAUACUUAAGUAAUUAUAUCUGUGAUCACGAUUUAUGUCAGGUGGAAUAGUUAAUUGUGUACAUUCAAGAGCGAAUGCUUUAUUACUCUACCUUGAGAAAAUAUGUGUAAUAUUUGCAUUUGCUUUAUCAUUGAUAAUACACCUCGAAUUUUUGUUUUUUUUCAGUCGCUUCUUUUAAAAUACAAUCCAUAUAAUUUCUGUACUUAUUGUAAUUUUUUACUUAGCGGAUUUUUUUUUGUGACAAAUUUUUUACCAAAGCAUAAAAGAAAUGUAAUAUAAUUUUAAAUUAUCUCAUUGUAAAAA